AUGGGACAUGAAUCAGAUACCAACGCAAAACCUCAACCUCCGCAACGUCUCCCUUCUUCAUCUGCCGCCUUCCUACAUCACCUCCAUACCAAUCCUGCCUCUCAUCAUAUAACUCUCUCCGCCAGUCAUAAUGGUGCUGGACCCAGCUCGUCUCCACGAUCGAUAUCAGUCCCUUUAGAACCUACUGUCGUUGAAACCAAUAAACCCACCAGUCCUCCUUAUCGAUCUCCCACGAAAGCGACUACCUUCCCCUUGUCUCCUGUCCCUCAGCCAACCGCUGGCCCUUCGACAUUCAGCGGGCUGAGCCGGAACCCAUCCGCGAAACGAGCGAGACCGAAAACUGCUCCAGGAGGCAAAGAAGGGUACACUUCGUCACCUCCCAUUCCCAUAGAUCCAUCGCCGGUUUCUUCAACAGAUCAAAGUGCGAUGGGUAACGAACAACUGGCGGAGAUUGCCGGUUCUGGAGAUUCCUGCCUCGCUACGUUUGCCCAGGAGGAAGCGGGGUUGACAGAAGCUGUAGACAUGCUUUCGGUAUCAGGAGGAGAGGAGAAGGAAGGCAAGACAUUCUUAUUGGGAAAGGCCGGUUCAUUGGCUUCUGGUUCAUCCGACUCAGCUAAACAACAAGCCAGAGCUCCAUCGAUACCUUCUAUGGACUGGACCACAUUCUCACACGCCUACGCCCAUGGUCUAUUUGACCCUAACAAGAUUCCCAACCCUCCUCAUUCGGGUGAUUCACCCACAGAUGUCCAUUCAGCUCACUCUUCUCCAGGAAAACGAUACUCUUCAACCUUACCUUCACAUCUGGGCGAUAACACCAGCAGCUCAGAGGGGUACAGCUCCAAGAGUUCUGGUGGAUCGACGAUGACUUCCGUCAGCUCAGCGCCUUCCACGUCUGCAGGAUCAGUCAGACCUGGAUCAAUGGCAGCAGCGAUGGCAGCGAGGAAAAAGGCAUUCGAAUUGGAAAAUUUACCAGAUCGAGCUCAUGAUCAAAUCUUACGUCCAGAUAAAUUGGCAUUACCUUCCUACUCCCUCGCAGCAGCUACGGUACGAAUGGCAUCUUCAAGAUUGAGGGAAUCAGAUUUCGCUCCACUCGCCAUCCCUAGUCCCGAAAGGGAAUUGUUAGAUCCGAUGGCUUCGGUCUGUUCGACAGACUCAAAUGGUACGAUGAGAGAUAGUGCAAGUUCGGAUCCCGGUUCAUCAAGAUUCCCUUUACAUCGAAGCAUGUCUAGUGCAGUUGGGACCAACACAUUCGGUAACUUGCGAUUACCAACUAUCCAAGCCAGUCCUGUUAGUACACCAAACGAACCUCACGGAAAAGGAAUAGUGAAGAUUUCUGAACCUGAGAUAUCACCUCAUAAAGUACGUCUAGGCGUGGUUAAUAGUCGCAUUCCGCCUGCCUCGGCUCCAUUGGAAAAGAGAGGUGGUGAUCCAGAAACACCUACGGAUUACUUCGGUACAGCCUCACCCCUCGCUGCGGCAAGUUCAUCCUCCUCCUCCACUGCCGAUGAUCCCACGCCGAAGAUCACUACUGGUUCUAGAACUCCUGAUCCACCUGCCCGUUCCACACCACCCAGACCUAGUGUUGAGCAAAUCCCCAACAUCGCUCACCCUCAGGAUAUCGGACCGUUAUACGAUAGAUUGGGAUGGUUGCCUGCUCCACUUCCCCCGGAUGAGACUGCUCGUCGCAGAGCUCUAUACCGAUUCAACAUCCUUCAUACCGCCGCAGACCUAAAUUUCGACCGUAUAGCACACAUGGCCAAACUCGUAUUCAACCCCAAGAUUGUCCUUAUAGCAUUGAUAGAUAGUGAGACGCAGUGGCACAAGACUCAAAGUGGAUUGGGGGCAGAGGAAGCAGCUAGAAUAUCGAGUUUCUGUAGUCAUUCGGUUCUUGCUAGGUGA